AUGACUGAAAAUAUGGAGAUCGGAAACGAAGUUGACCAACUCCAAAGCCGUUCGCUAGAAGACGUUGCAUCAUGCUCGUCUUCGAUAUUGAACUCACCGGAGGUCAACGUCGUUGAUUCGGAAACCUUUUCCGAUGGUGUAUCUACUGCUGUGGAGGAUACAUCGAUUGAAAGCCAUGAAGAGUCGGCGCAAGUCCAAGGGGCUCUUCAUGGCAAGAAAUUUCCCAGAAGACUGUGUGGCUCGGAAAGGAAGCGGUUCAAGAAGUUGCUUGAAGAUGGGCACGAUAGAGACGAGGCCCGUCUUCUCGCAAUCAACCCUUCGAAAACGAGCCAAAAUCGGACAGUCAAAAGACCGAGACAGAUCGACUCCUCUAAUUGCAGUGAAAGCAAUCCUCUUCCAAAAAGGAAGAAGGAAUGUCAGACUACUGCUACUCGGAAGGAGUCAGUGGAUAGGCGGAUGGAGGUGAUCAGAGGUAAUGCCACUGGGACUGCAAACAGCCCGGUCGGUAAACCUAAAGCGCCUCCUACCUACACUGAAGUCCUUAGCCAGUUCAAUGUUGGAGUGAUGCCUAAGGACUAUCCGAUGUCUCAGCUCUCGACUACCAUGAUGGAACUAGUAGAAGAGUCCAUCCUGGCUAUAGUCGUUGAUAAGAGAAAGGAACAAUUCAAGCCCAAAUUCACCAACUGCAGGUUUAGGUCCGGGUUUAUGGUAAUAGAGUACCAGAACCAGGAAACUGCAGACUGGCUGAAAGGAAUUGUUCCGAGUAUCAAGCCAUGGGAAACAGAUGAUCUGAUGGUUGUUGAUAGUGAAUCUAUCCCGAGACCAGAAAUUUUAGCUGUCUUCUUUCCCAAAAGUGAGAAAAACGACAAUAAAACCAUAUUGGCUCUGGUUGAAGGCCAUAAAGACAUUGCCACUGGUUCUUGGAGGGUGUUAAAGCGCAAGCCCAUCAAGAAUCAUGUGCAGCUUAUCCUGUCAGUAGACGAAGCGUCAGCGAAAAAAAUCGCUGAUUGGAACUACAAACUGAAUUAUAAAUUCGGAAUUAUAUACCCGCGGAAAAUCAGGGCUGGUCGAAAUUUCGAAAGCGCCAGGUCUGAAACCACGAAAAAUGCUGUAAUCGCCGAAAAAGUUCUGCCUUCACUACCGGUGUAA